AUUUAUUCAGUCGUGUUUUUUUUUCCCUUUUUUCUUUUUCUUUCUUUUAAUUUACCUUUUGUCCUCUAUUCCAUCAUGUCUAUCAAUCCUAGAGCUUUCCCUCUUGCUGAUGCUGCUUUGACCAACACUAUUUUGGAUCUUGUCCAACAAGCCUCUCAUUACAAGCAAUUGAAGAAGGGUGCUAACGAAGCCACCAAGACCCUUAACCGUGGUAUCUCUGAAUUCAUUGUCAUGGCUGCUGAUACUGAACCUCUUGAAAUUUUGUUGCAUCUUCCUUUGUUGUGUGAAGAUAAGAACGUCCCUUAUGUAUUUGUUCCUUCCAAGACUGCUCUCGGCCGUGCUUGUGGUGUCUCUCGCUCUGUUAUUUCUACUUCCAUCACCACCAAUGAAGCCUCUGACUUGAAGCCUCAAAUUUUGUCUAUCAAGAACCAAAUCGAAAAGUUACUUAUCUAGAUUUGAUUUUUUUGUUUUUUUAUAUAUUUAUUCUCUAGUUAUUCAACCCUCCCUUCAUACUUUUCUUAAUGAUCGUAGUUAGUGCUGAGACCUUUCACCCAUCCUUUUUUUUAUUUUUUUUUAUUUUUAUUCUUCCAUUCUCUCUUCUUUUUUAUUAUCCUUUUUGAUAUACAUACUACUUAGUUUUAUGACUCGGUUACAUGAUGCACUGACAGAGAAAGAAAAAAAAAUUGCAUUUGUAUAUUUCUUUCAUCUCAUUCUCAGUGUACAUACAUCAAUAAAAAUUACUUUUUAUUAUUAUCGAAUAA